UCACGUGGCUCCGAACACCAAUUGACACCUCGCGCAUGCGCAGUGGCCGGAUACACCUUGGCAAACGUUGGUUGAUCAAUUUGAGCAGAUGGUGAACGCCAGUGCGAAGUUUAGAAGUUUUAAAAAAUACAAACCAGGCUACGAAAUUGCCGUUUUUCUAGCCUCUCGUAUCCAUUUGUUUUAAUUGUUAGCAUGUUACCAUCAGCUAGCCGGGUCAAACUAAACCGAGUCACGUUAAAAGACGUCGUUGGAGCUAACGUGGAGCCGCGGCGGAGACGACCGCCCAAAAAGCGAGAGGAACCGAAACCGGCCUCUAGCAACGAAGUACCGGUCCAGACGUCUCUAACGAGCCCGGAAAAUGUGACCGCUAACCCCGCCGUGGGAGAGCCGGCGGAGAGUCGUGUAGGUGGAGGUAUACAAACGGGGGUGGAGUGCAGGACUGGCAUGUGGGACAGAGACGUCGGAGAGGUUCCUGGAACGGGAUGUCGCCAGGUAGGAGCCAAGAGGAUGAAGCUCAGGGGUGGCGGUGAAGUUGGGGUUUUGCCAGCCGCUCUGGGUCCAGAAAGCAACUGCUGCAGGGACCCAGCAGCGGCAACCGACUCCGGAGACCCAAUGAAAGCGUGCAUUUUGACGUGUGACGGCAGCGAGUCGCGGCCGGUUGACGGCAGCAGCUCGACCGCGAACGAUACCCGUGUCCGGGGGAAGCCUGGUGGUGAGAUUGAGAAAGCCACAGAAGCUGACGCACCACAGAUGACGUCCGAAGGGUUGUUUCAUGGGAACGAGGCAGAACUGGAUGAAGCGGAGUCAUUCACCUGCCAGAGAGCGAGGCCCUACAUCAUGAGAAGUAGAUUCAGCUGUGCGCGCACACACAUCACGUGGCCCUUCUCCACCAGUAGAGUCCAUGCUGGAUCUGCAGGCGGUCCAGCAAAGGCUUUAGGUCCCGAAGCUGGAGUCGCCUGCGACUCCCCACCAAACCAAAAUCAGCCGGGCUCGUCCAGCGACGAGCUCCCCGCUGCACCUUCAGCCCACCGGCUUUGUGGCGGCGAUGUGAAGGCGCGAGACGAGAACGGAGAAAGCGUUCAAGAAGAUGAAACGCCGGCGCACGCUGCGGAGUUUGCGCCCGACUGUGGUCCUGGUCCUUGCUCGCCUGCGCUGGCCCGCAUGUCCAACCCGAGUGGGAGCGGAGGGGAGCGUGACGCGCCGUCGUCUCCUCCGCUCGACGAAGCUGAAAGCUACAAGUCGACCCCCUUCCUCUCGGCUCUCGGCCUGAGUGACUGUGAAACCACCAGCACUUUGUCUCCCAUGUCGUCUCUAUCCACAGCGUCCUCUCUCCCACCUUCAUCGGCCCCAGUGAAGGUCAAAGGCGUUGGGCGCACUGACCCUGCCGGUGCACCACUAACGUCCUUUUCACCUGAAUGUGUGUUCAAAGCGGUGGAGGAAACGUUGUUCUUUGAAGUAACUCCAAUGACUCCGUGGACUCCAUCUUCUGCACAGCCGUGCGACUCUGACUCCAUUCAUUCAUGCGAGUCCUCCCUUUUCCUCCCUCAUCACGAGCGAGAGAGCAGGGACAGAUUCUCCCCCGUCAGGAGCCCGCCAUCUGAUACGUGGCCCUUUGACCACAGGCGCGUCAACGACGGAUUGUUGCACGAGGUCCUUCAGGAAAACCAUGUAGAAACUGACUCAAAUCAUUUUCUGCUUCCUCCGAUUCUCUCUCCUGUCACUUCACCACGAGGGCCUUCAGGGACAAGCCUCCUUCUCCAAGCAGCAGGCUGCUCAGACGAAGAGGAGGAGGAGGAGGAGCAAAUCAACAAAGACUCCAGAAAACGCAAAAUGUCCUCUGGAUGUCGCACGCCGCAAAUCGUUGAUGGUAGAAAGGAUUAUCCUGAAUAUGGUAGUGGGGAAAAGGAAGACUCUGAAACUACUAUAUUGAUGCCUCACUCCUCUCCGGAUGACGAUGAUGAUGAUGGUGGUGGGGAACAGAGUAACAAAAAAUCUAAACAAGUUCUCUCCGACCCCAAAAUGACCACAGCCCUCGCCGCAGGGGAGCUCACAGAACCCGGCUCCCAUCCCAGCAGUGAUGAUGAGGAUGAUGAUGUUGAAGAAGAGGAGGAGGAGGAGGGAUCAGUUCCGUCUCACGCAGCGCGCAGCGACGCGGAUGAGUCCGGUGCAGACGUAGCGAUCCAUGUGCAGCCCGGCGCUUUGGAUGAGAUCGCUGCUUACGAACAGGACAUCCUGCUGGUGGACGUGAUCCAGGACGACCCGGAGCUGUUUGAAAACCUGCCCGAGCAAAGUCUGCUCAAGCUGGGCCCCAUAAGGGCUCCUGUGGCUCCUGUAGCCGGGAGAAGUACGCCGUCGCCGAGGAUAAACGCAGCAUCACUGGAGAGACUGAGGUUGACUCCAGGUAAUAAAAGUGUUCCUUUGGUCUGUUUUGAUGUUGCAGAGGAGACUAACUGCAGAUCAUGGAGACCUCAGGGAAGCAGCAGCACCUCUUUCAAAACUCAAAGCAGCACAUGGCCUGAUGCAGAAAAGCAAACCACCAACACGAGUCUGCCGGAUGCCAACAACAAUCAUGUGAACCGAGUCCCGGAGAGGAGCCUCUGGACCGCGAGCCUUCUGCACAAUAACCUCCCUGCGCCCACGACCACGAGAAACGGGCCUCCGGCUGCAAAUACCACAGAGUUCAGGCGGCAGAAUUCGAUUUCUUACUGCAGGCAGUACUUCAGUGAGUCGCUGUCCUGUGGGUUCAAGAUGUGUCGCUUCCAGCAUGUGCCUGCUGAGGGCAACGAGAAGCUGUGCAUCGACACUUUGACACGCUUCGUCAAAAAUCCAACAUGCCUUCAAAAAGCAGGAGCCAUGUUUGUGUGCUACUACCAGAGCAACCGACCGGGAGCGUGCUUCUCCAUGCAGGUGCUCCUGAUGCUCCUCUGGGCUCUGCUCAAAGCCGGCAUGGUGUCCGACGUCCUGUCGGUCCUCAGCGUCAGCUUGACCCACAAGAUUGUGCCGACUCAUGAGUUCCUGUUGGCCCUCUUCAACCACGUGAGAGAAAAGGAUCUCUCCGGUCUGGUACCUGAACUCAUGCAGCUCACAUUCAAGAUGGCCAGUGCGGGUCUAGUGCUGAGUGUGGACUGCCUCGACUGCGUCAAAAACACUCCGGAGUUCCAGCAGGCGGUCAACGCAAACCCCCUCGUUUUGGUGUCUGGUAACAACAAGUCAUUUACCAGCGCUCCUCUUCCAGAGUCCCUGAAUCUGGCCCAUUCCAUGGUAGAAAUAGAGCUUUGUUCCAAGCAGGAGGACUGGGGGAGGAUGGGCACGGUGUUCAGCGCCAUCGUCCAGUCCAGCAAGUGUCUCAACCAGGUGGGGAAGAUCAGCGGCCGCGUUGCCAUCGCGCUCCUCUCUGAAGGCAAAGACAAGCUGUCGUUGCCCUUUGCAGCCUUCGCUGAGACCGUGUGUCAGAGCGAAAGAAUCGACAACCCGAUCAGGAGUUCUUUAGGCCGGAUCGGCGUCUCUCUCAUGUUGAGAUACCACAAAACGCAUCAAUGGGCCAAGGGUCGGAGGGUGGUGGAGGUUCUGUCUGUUUCAAAAAUUAACUACGCGACACUGAAGGGCUUGUUUGGGAACGAGGACGGAGCGUCACGCUGCUACCUGGUCACCGUGGCAACGGAGCUCUUCCUCCUGAGUGGCAGCCUGGAGGGAGCCCUCAACACACUCCGAGAGAACAAGUGGUUCGUGAGUUCGUGCGCGUGGCCGUGUGAGCCCGCCGACCUGGAGAGCAGGACGCGCGUGUUGAUGCGUCUGGCUGAAAAAACCUCCCACAGAGACACGCUUGAGGUCCUCUGUAAUCUGCCCGGACUCAAGGAGCCAAACGACAUGGUGGAUGCUUCCCGCUACGCCGCUCUGUUUAACGAUCAGCUGCGAGCGUUCGUCGACCGACAGAUCUUCCCCGUGGCUUCGGACGCCGUGAACUUCAUGCUCUCUAAAAAACUGCCGGUUGACCCCGCCCUGCUGCAGCUGCUCCUGAACAAGCUGGGCAAUCAGAACCUCUGGCUCCGGGCGCGGGAGGUCUUCAGACACUCCCUGAGCACGGGCUACUACCCUGCCGUGUCGGCUCCCCCCGGCUUCAUGGCGCUGAUCGUCCCCUGUCGGCUGGGGGAGGUGGAGCUGGCUCUCAGCCUGGAGAUGUUCAUCGCCGUCAACGGCACCAGCAUCUUCCACCUUUCCGAGACCUCCACUUCCUGUCUCAGCAUCACGCUCAAAAGGACUCAGAGCUGCGAGAGCGAGUACCUCGCCGCCGGCAGCCGCAUCCUGUCCGCGGCGUGCGUCCUUCAUCCCAAAGUCCUCGUGCAAUACACGGCGGUGAACGCGUCGCACGAUCAAGUGUUCUUACUCGACGUUCCCUCCGCCCGCUGCUGGCUCCGCCACAAUCGCAUGUGGGCCAAUGAGGUGUGGACGCACUGAUCAAACGCGCUCGGUCCCGCCCCCAUACGCCGCGCACGUGCGCUCCAAACUGCUCAUGACUCAGAGACAUCAGUGGAAAACACAGCCGAUGAAAUCAGGACAACCCGCCCAUGUGCGUCCCUGCUUGUUUGUGCUCGUAGUUCAUUUUUGCCUUUUGACCAGGUAGCAAAGAAUCACAAACAAAGACUGACGCCAGAACUUCUUUAGUGUUUUGGUUUUUACAACAAUAAAUCGUUGUUUGCUGAAGUGUUCUUUUAGCUAUUUUCUUUUGAUUAAUGUCACUGUGUGAUUUACCAUCUGAGGGAGCUUUGUGGAGGCCACGAUCUUUUUGUAUGGUUGUUACAAGUAUUAGAUUUAGUUUAUAACAACAAUGUAAAUAAUGUUUUGGUCUGUGUGUAUAUAUUUACAUAUAUUGGUAAGUCUGUGACGGUAUUAUGUUGCUGUAUUGUACUGAUUGUAGAAACUACAAUUGUUAAUUGUUCAGGAGCUGUGAUCUACAUUUUCUUUGUAAUGUUUUUAUAAAAAAAAGUUCUGCUCCAAAAGGUUUUGACUG